CCUCUCUGUGGAUCUGUGAGCUCUUUAUCUGGCUCAGAACGGCCUGGAUGUCAUGUGAACGAGCUGCAGGAGUGAAAAACGCGCCAUGAAAUCAGCUGUUUGAUCUUCACGAAUUUACAGACGCGACUGCGCAAAAGCGCAGAGACGCUCCAAAUGAAUCCGUCCUGCUCCUCCUCUUAUUACUUACUGUUUCACUUUCACUUACUGCACCUGGAGAGCACGACACGGUGAGAGGAUUUCCCUCCUUCCUCGUCACCAUGUUGGUCGCUCCUUGUCUGUUGGCGCUGCUUUCCGUCGCCUUUCCGUUCUCAUCUGCGGCGCAGCUGCCAAACCAAAGCCAAACCAAAGACCUCCCGAAAGCCACCAGCGGUGAGCCGUUCCCCUGGAACCGCAUGAGGCUGCCCAAAACCGUCUCGCCGCUCCACUAUGACCUGAGCAUCCACCCCAACCUGACCACACUGGACUUCACCGGCGUCGUCCGCAUCGAGCUGGAGGUGCACGAAGACGUCCACGCCGUGAUCCUUCAUGCCAAGAACAUGGAGAUCUCCGGCGCUCUGCUGCUGGCACCUGAGGGAGCGAAGCCCCUCAAGGUGUUGGAGUAUCCUCAGUCUCACCAGCUGGCUCUGCUGUCGGAUUCCGUCCUCACCAAAGGCAGGAAGUACGAAGUCCAGCUGGCGUUUGCUGCUAACUUGUCUGACAGCUACCACGGGUUCUACAAGAGCAGCUACCGGACCAAGACUGGGGAAGUCCGAGUCAUGGCGUCCACACAGUUCGAAGCGACCUUCGCUCGUGGAGCCUUCCCCUGUUUCGACGAACCUGCGUUCAAAGCCAACUUCACCAUACGGAUUGUGCGAGCGCGGCACAUCGCCAUCUCCAACAUGCCCAAGCUGAAAUCUGUGGAGCUGCCUGGAGGUCUGCUGGAGGACUACUUUGACACCACUGUGAAAAUGCAGCACCUACCUGGUGGCCUACAUUGUGUCGACUUCCUGUCAGUGAGCAAGACCACCCAGCACGGUGUGGAGAUUUCAAUCUACGCCGUUCCUGAGAAGAUUGACCAGACGGCCUUUGCUCUGGACGCUGCUGUGAAGCUGCUGGAUUUCUACGACGACUAUUUCGACAUCCCAUACCCGCUUCCCAAACAGGACCUGGCUGCCAUCCCAGACUUUCAGUCCGGCGCGAUGGAGAACUGGGGUCUGACCACGUACAGAGAGAGCGGACUCCUCUUCGACCCCGAGAAGUCCUCCGCGUCCGAUAAGCUGGGCAUCACCAAGGUCAUCGCCCACGAGCUCGCGCACCAGUGGUUCGGUAACCUGGUGACGAUGGAGUGGUGGAAUGACUUAUGGCUCAACGAAGGUUUCGCCAAGUUCAUGGAAUUCAUUUCCCUGGACAUCACCUACCCAGAGCUGCAAGUGGACGACUUCUUCUUGGGAAAAUGCUUCGAGGCCAUGGAGGUGGACUCCCUCAGCUCCUCCCACCCAGUCUCCACCCCCGUGGAAAACCCCACACAGAUCCAGGAGAUGUUUGAUGACGUGUCGUAUGACAAGGGUGCAUGUAUUCUGAACAUGCUGCGGGACUUUCUCACUCCUGAGGCCUUUGAGAUCGGCAUCAUCCGAUACCUGAAGCGCUACAGUUACCAGAACACCGUCAACAGCCAUCUGUGGGAGAGUCUGACUGAUAUCUGCACCUCAGAUGAUCUGGACGAAGGUCGAUUGAGACACAAAGAAUUCUGCUCCAAACGUGAAGUCCAGUCAGGAGCCUCAGUGAGGUAUUCUGAUGACGAGCUGGAUGUCAAGGCGAUCAUGGACACCUGGACGCUGCAGGAAGGCUUCCCCCUGGUCACUGUGGAGGUCAUAGGUCGGGAAGUCAGGCUCAGUCAGGAGCGUUUCCUGAGACAGACACCCUCCCUCACUGAAGGAUUCCUGUGGCAGAUCCCACUGACCUACAUGACCAGCGCUUCCAGCACCGUCCACAGAUUCCUGCUGAAGACACAAACCGACGUCCUGUACCUGCCGGAGGAGGUGGACUGGGUCAAGUUCAACGUGGACAUGAACGGCUACUACAUGGUGCACUACGCGGGAGACGGCUGGAAGUCCAUCAUCAACCUGCUGCAGCACAACCACACGGCUCUGAGCGGCAACGACCGCGCCAGCCUCAUCCAGAACGUCUUCCAGCUGGUCAGUAUUGGCAUGAGGCUGGACACGGCGCUGGAGCUGUCCCUGUACCUGUCCAGAGAGACGGAGAUCAUGGCCGUCACUCAAGGCCUCGGAGAGCUGGUACCGCUCUACAAGCUGAUGGAGAAGAGAGACAUGGCCGAGCUGGAGAACAAGAUGAAGAGUUACAUCGUCGACCUGUUCCGGGACCUGAUCGACCGGCAGCAGUGGACGGACUCCGGCUCCGUGUCUGAGCGAGUGCUGAGGAGUUACCUGCUUCUGUUCGCGUGCGUCAGGAACCAUCCUCCCUGUCUGGCCAAAGCCAGCCAGCUCUUCCAGCAGUGGAAGGACUCUGAUGGCACCAUGAGCCUUCCUGUUGACAUCACCAUGGCCGUCUUCGUGAUUGGUGCCCGAACGCCAGAGGGGUGGGACUUCCUGUUUGAGAAGUACCGGCAUUCGCUGCAAAAUUCGGUGAAGAGCCGCAUGAAGACCGCCAUGGCUGUCAGUCCUUUACAGGAGAAGCUGCAGUGGAUGAUGGAACAAAGCCUCUCCGGGGAAAUCAUGAAGACUCAGGACCUCCCUGACGUGGUCGUGUCUGUCAGCAAGAACCCUCGUGGGUACAAGCUGGGCUGGGACUUCCUCCGAGCACACUGGCACACCCUGAUCAAGAAGUUUGAUCUGGGCUCCAACAUCAUAUCUUACAUGGUCACUGGAGUGACCAACCAGUACUCCACCCCAGAGAUGCUUGAUGAGGUCCGAGGCUUCUUCGGGUCCCUGACUGAGGAGACGGGCUCGGAGAUGCGGUGCAUCCAGCAGACCUACGAGACCAUUGAGGACAACAUCCGCUGGAUGAACACCAACCUGCCGCUGCUGCAGGCCUGGCUGGACAAGCGCAGCCGCACAGUGAAACACGAGGAUUUGUAGCAGGAGGGGAGACACGUGAGGAUGAUAGUGUGAGUUUGGGCACAGGGUACAGAGGCUGCGUGACAAUUUCGCCAGCCAGGUUUUCUAAAAAAAGAGAAAAAAAAAGACCGUUUUAAUUUGUAAGUCAGCUGGGAUUGCUUGCAAGGAUCGACAACAAUCACAAAGUGAAAAAA